GUGGUAAAGUUUCUUGCAUGUACUGUGGAAAAUUCAUUGCGCGUUGUCAAAAAAAUUAGAGGACAGUCAGGAGGAGACGACUGGAAGGUAUCUUUGUGGAAAACGCGUGUUCCACUUCCACUUACCCAUAUAGGAUGGUAUCAUGGUAGUACUCACACAGACACAUACUUUUUUUUGAGGUGGGCAACUGAUCAAAUCUGUCGCCUCUCACCCCUCUCUCAGCCAUGUUGCCACCGAUGCUGCUGCUCUGCUUCUUCUUCACAGCCACCGCUGCUGCUGCUGGUCUGCUUUUUCUUCGCCGCCCAGCUAUCGCUACUGGUUCUUCUUCUUCACCGCUACGGCUUCUUCUUCGCCGCUGCUGCUGCUGGUUCACAAUGACUGUUAAUGGUGAAGAUUUUGUCGAUGGAGAUGAGUAUGAAGAGAGGAUUGAUCGAGGCAACUUUGAGAUAGACAUUGAUAACCAUGAAAUUACUACCAAUGUUCAUGCCGAUGAUAUAUUUGACUGUGGUGAAAUUGAUGCAGACAAUGCUAUUAGUGACCAGAACAUUAUGAACACAAUCCCUGUCUACACACUUCCUGCCUUGUCAUUCUCUGCAAAUACUAGGGCAAAUAUGGAACGAAGAACAAUUGUACAGAUCCCAUCAAUGGAUUUCCUAAACAAUGUAGAAGCCACCUCUUCUUCUUCCACUCACCGAUGGAAGUAUGAUGUCUUCUUAAGCUUUAGAGGUGAAGAUACCCGUGAAGGUUUUACUGGCUAUUUAUAUAAAGCUUUGUGCGACAAAGGCUUUGACACCUUCAUUGAUGAUAAACUUCAAAAGGGAGAAGAAAUUUCAGAAGAACUUAUCCAAGCCAUAAAAAAAUCAUCGAUUUUGGUUGUUGUCUUCUCUAAAAACUAUGCAGAGUCCAAAUGGUGCUUGGAUGAACUUGCUGAGAUUGUUGAGUGUAGAGAAAAGGACCAAGAGGUUCAAAUUCGUCCAGUUUUUUACAAUGUUGAUCCAUCAGAAAUACGAAAUCAAAAGGGAAACUUUGGAACUGCACUGGCUAAUCACGAAAAGAAGUUCAAGAAUAACAAGAACAAGGUGCAGAGGUGGAGGGAUGCUCUAAGAAAAGCAGCUAAUGCAUCUGGAUGGCAUUACAAGAAAGGCUGCGCUCCAUAUAAAUCUGAAGCUGUCUUCAUCCAAAACAUUGUUGAAGAGAUAUCAAAUGCUAAAUUAAAUUGGAUGUCGUUAUAUGUUGCUGAAUACCCAGUUGGAAUAAAUUCUCGUGCAGAGGCCAUAGAGUCAAUUUUAGAUAUUGGGUUAGAUGAAGUUUGCAUGGUAGGGAUGUAUGGCCUUCCCGGAGUAGGAAAGACUACAAUCGCAAAAGCUGUUUAUAAUAAAAUUGCUAAACAUUUUGAUGGAAGCAGCUUUUUAGAGAAUGUUAGAGAAAAAUUAAGUACAAAUACUGGCAUAAUCAAACUACAAAAGCAACUUCUUAAUGACAUUUUAGGGGAUGGAAAUUGGAAAGCGGGCAGCAGAUUUGAAGGAAUCAGUUUGAUAGAGAGGAGACUUCGCUGUAAAAAGCUUUUUUUAAUUCUUGAUGAUGUUGAUGAUUCGACAAGAAUAGAAAAUUUGCUUGGAAAAUGUAAUUGGUUUGCUUCCGGAAGUAGAGUCAUUAUAACAUUAAGAGAUAGAAGCUUGUUAGCUGCCUUUGAAGAAAAAGUUUGUACAAUUUACAAGGUCAAGGAAUUCGAGGUUGAGCAAUUGAACAAACAUGAAGCUCUUCGACUCUUUAAAGCGCAUGCCUUCCAUGGAAACAUACCAAGUGAUGAAGAUUAUUUUGAACUUGCAACUAAAUUCAUAGAUUUUUCCAAUGGCCUUCCACUAGCUCUAGAAAUAAUAGCUCGUGAUUUGUGUGGAAAAGCUAAAGAUGAAUGGGAAAGUGCAUAUGAUAUGUAUAACAAAAUCCCCAAUAAAGACGUUCAAAAAAUACUUCGAGUAAGUUAUGAUGGAUUGAAUGACCAUGAGAAAAAUAUUUUCCUCGAUAUUGCAUGCUUCUUCAAAGGAUGGAACAAAGAUUAUGUUGUAAAGAUAUUAAAUGCUUGUGGAUUAUGUCCUAACUUUGGCAUUCCGAGACUUGUUAAUAAGUGUCUCAUAUCUGUUGAUGAAGUUGGUAGAUUGUUAAUGCAUGACUUGAUACAACAAAUGGGCAAGGAAGUUGUUCGACAAGAAGCACAAGACAUCCUUGAAGAACGUAGCAGGUUAUUUUGUUUUAAGGAUUCGCUUGAAGUACUAACUAGAAAUGAGGGAUCCAAAAAAAUUCGAGGCAUAAUGUUGCAUUCGCCUCAAUCAGUAAAGGUGCAGCUACACAUUGAAACUUUCAGAAGGAUGGUAAAUCUGAAAUUUCUAAUAGUUGAGAAUGUGCGUAUUCGUAAACCACUUGAAUUUCUUCCCAAUAGUCUAAUAUUUCUUAAGUGGCCCAAUUAUCCUUUUCACUGGCCAUCUGAGUAUUUUCCUGAACAACUUGUUGCUAUUGAGAUGCCACAUAGUCGCAUUAGAUUGCCAAAGCUAAUCACGCAGGAGUGUCGGUUGGAAAAUUUGAUAAAUGCCAAUCUCAGAGGUUGUGAAUUUAUUACGGAAUUACCUAAAUUAUGGGCCCCAAAUUUAAAGAGUUUGGAGCUCGCUGGUUGUAAAAAUUUAGUUAAAUUAACUGAAUUAGGGGCCCCAAAUUUAUGGUAUUUGAACCUCUUUUGUUGUAAAAAUUUAGUUAAAUUAACUGAAUUAGGGGCCCAAAAUUUAAAGUACUUGUGCCUCUCUGGUUGUGAAAAUUUAGUUGAGAUUGAUGAAUGCUUUGGAUCUCUUGAAAAGCUUACAGAUUGGGUUCUCGUUGGUUGUAGAAAACUUCAAAUUCUUCCAAGCCAGCUCAGGUUGAAAUCACUUUAUCAUUUUAUUCUUACUGACUGCACAAGCCUUGAGAAGCUCCCUAAUUUUCAUCAAGAAAUGGAAUGUUUACAGUAUUUAGAAUUAGAAGGGAGUGGUAUUAGAGAGGUGCCUUCAUCAAUCGAGCAUCUCACUAAGCUUCACCAAUUAAACCUUGCUGAGUGCAAAAACCUUGGGGAUCUUCCAGAUAGCAUUUAUAAAUUGCAACAGCUUUGGCACUUCCGGACUCCUACUGCCAAAUUGAGACCGACGUGCGAUUCUUUUGAUGGCUCUUCCGGAUAUGGGUUUGUGAAAAUGAGAGAAUUGAAUCUCCGUGGAUGUGAAGGCAUAAUUGAAUUAGAUCUUUUGAUGAAGCCUGAUUACUUCCCCGCAUUGGUAGAAUUAAAUCUAUCUUAUACCAAUAUUGUUACCAUCCCUGAAAGCAUUAGCAGAUUUCCCAGAUUACAACACCUUAAUGCUAAGAAUUGCAAGCUUCUUCGUGAAAUUCAAGGACUUCCACAAUCAUUAAUUAUGGUUUUUGUGGAUGGUUCCAUGUUGUUGAAUACCUCACCAAGCGGGCUAUUUAAUCAGGUCUCUCUCUUUCUUUAAGAUAUAUAUAAAGAAACAAUUUUUGUUACUUUAUCUAAAUACUUUACGAGAUUUGCUAAAUGAAAAAUAUUGAAUUUUCUAAUUGCAUGCAGGUAAUAGGAAUUAUUGGGAUUUUACCAAAUAGCGUAUGUGGUAGUGCAAGAAGCAACAAAUUAAU